AUGAUGGGUCGGCUGCAGGAGAAUUUCAGGUCCUUCUUCAGCAACAGAUGGCUGGUUUUUGUGGCUGCAAUGUGGGUACAAUCCUGUGCGGGUAUUGGGUACUUGUUUGGGAGCAUAUCACCGGUGAUAAAGAGCUCUAUGGACUACAAUCAGAGGCAGAUUGCUAGGUUGGGUGUGGCUAAGGACCUUGGGGACAGUGUUGGCUUCUUGGCUGGGAGCUUGUGCGAGGUCCUGCCUUUGUGGGCAGCUUUGCUCAUUGGUGCUUUGAUGAAUUUUAUUGGGUAUGGCUGGGUUUGGCUUAUUGUUACUGGUCGAGCUCCUACUCUGUCUUUGUGGGCUAUGUGCAUUCUUAUAUUCGUGGGAACAAAUGGUGAGACCUUCUUCAAUACAGUUGCUCUGGUCUCUUGUGUGCAAAACUUCCCAAAAAGUCGGGGUCCUGUGGUUGGAAUUCUGAAGGGCUUUGCUGGGUUGGGUGGUGCAAUUAUGACUCAGAUAUAUGUGACGAUCCAUUCCCCAGACCAUGCAUCUUUGAUUUUCAUGGUUGCAGUUGGUCCAACAAUGGUGAUUGUUGCUUUAAUGUUUAUUGUCAGACCAGUUGGAGGUCACAGACAAGUCCUGCCAACUGAUGCCAUGAGCUUCACGUUUAUUUAUAGUUUGUGCCUCCUAUUAGCUGCUUAUUUGAUGGGGGUCAUGCUAGUUGAAGAUCUAAUUGAUUUGAACCACACUGUGAUCACUAUAUUUACAGUCAUUUUGUUUGUCCUCAUCCUAAUUCCCGUUGUGAUUCCUGUUCAAUUGAGCUUUUUCUCAGAGCCAAGAGCUCUAGAAGAAGAGGCACUCCUACCUGCGCCAGAGAAACAAGAAGCUGGCAAAUCUGAACAAGAUGCUAAUGAGGUAAUAUUCAGUGAGGUGGAAGAUGAGAAGCCUAAGGAAGUAGACUUGCUUCCAGCUUUAGAAAGGCGAAAACGAAUUGCCCAAUUGCAAACAAAACUAUUCCAAGCAGCUGCAGAAGGAGCAGUGAGGGUUAAGAGGAGGAGGGGUCCGCAUAGAGGGGAGGACUUCACCUUGACACAAGCUUUGAUCAAAGCUGACUUUUGGCUUAUUUUUUUCUCACUUCUCUUGGGUUCUGGAUCUGGUUUGACAGUGAUUGAUAACCUGGGUCAGAUGAGCCAGUCUCUAGGGUAUGAUAAUACACAUAUUUUUGUAUCCAUGAUCAGUAUUUGGAACUUUCUUGGUCGGGUUGGUGGCGGUUACUUCUCUGAGAUUGUUGUGAGGGACUAUGCUUAUCCAAGACCGGUAGCAAUGGCUGUGGCACAACUCCUUAUGGCAGUUGGGCAUAUCUUCAUUGCUUUUGGAUGGCCUGGAGCAAUGUACAUUGCUACCAUCUUUGUUGGGCUAGGCUAUGGGGCUCAUUGGGCAAUUGUGCCAGCUGCUGCUUCUGAAUUGUUUGGCUUGAAAAAGUUUGGGGCUUUGUACAAUUUCCUCACAAUAGCAAACCCUGCUGGUUCGUUGCUCUUUUCUGGUGUGAUUGCUAGCAGUAUAUAUGACAUGGAAGCAGAGAAGCAAGCUCAUCAGCACCAUCACCUGCAUACGAGUCCAGGAUCAGUUUUCCAAGGCAUGCUUAGACUGGAUGCACCAAAGUGUGAUGGUGCUAUAUGCUUCUUCUUAACUUCUUUAAUUAUGUCCGGAUUAUGCAUUGUUGCGUUUGUUUUAAGCAUGAUUCUGGUAUAUCGGACUAAGAUUGUAUAUACCAACCUCUACGGAAAAUCCCGUUCAGCUGGCCCGUCAUAA